CUUGGCGCGCGGGUGGACUGCGGGCUUUGUCGGUGAGGCUGCUGGGCCGGCGGCCGGCGUCUCUCGUCGCGGGGCCCGCGGGGCCGGGCCCGCGCCGUCUCUUGCCGCUGGGCGCCGGAUUCUAAAGUAGCAACUGGUGACACAAAGGUGAUUCAAAGCCUGAAUUUCCAAGGAUGAAAAUUCUUAUCAGAUGAUGUCAGAAAAACUUCCAAUGAUGCAGCCCUCAGCCCCUGAGUCUGGGGAAGACCCUGAACUCAGAUUAGGGGAGCUAUUGGGAAACCCAGAAGGGCAGAGCCUGAGGAAUUCCCCCUCUCAAGAGGCAGGUUUUAGACAGGUGACAGUUACCCAUUGGAAAAUCCAAACGGGAGAGACAGCCCAGAUGUGUAAUAAAUCAGGAAGAAGUCCAAUUCUGAACUCUAACCUUCUUAUACUUCAGAGAGAGCUUAUAGAAGGGGAAGCCCAUCAAUGUGAUACUUGUGGCAAAAGCUUCACAUUUCAUUCGGACCUAAUUAGACAUCAGCUUUCUCAUACUGGGGAGAAACUUCAUAAAUGUGAUCACUGUGGGAAAGGCUUCAGUCAAAGCUCACACCUUACUGAGCAUCAGAGAAUUCACACUGGAGACAGACUCUAUGUAUGUAAUGUGUGUGGAAAAAACUUCAUUCACUAUUCAAAUCUUAUGGAGCAUCAGAGAAUACACACAGGAGAAAAACCAUUCAAAUGUACUCAGUGUGGGAAAGCCUUCUGUCACAGCUCAGAUCUUAUUCGACACCAGAGAGUUCAUACCCGAGAGAGACCUUAUGAAUGCAAAGAAUGCGGAAAGGGCUUCAGUCAGAGUUCAUUACUUAUUCGACAUCAGAGAAUCCACACAGGAGAAAGACCCUAUGAAUGUAAUGAAUGUGGAAAGUCCUUCAUUCGGAGCUCAAGCCUUAUCCGCCAUUAUCAGAUCCAUACAGAAGUGAAACAGUAUGAAUGUAAAGAAUGUGGAAAGGCCUUCCGGCAUCGAUCAGACCUUAUUGAGCAUCAGAGAAUCCACACUGGAGAGAGACCUUUUGAGUGCAAUGAAUGUGGGAAAGCCUUUAUUCGGAGUUCAAAGCUUAUUCAGCAUCAGAGAAUUCAUACCGGAGAAAGACCAUAUGUAUGUAAUGAAUGUGGAAAACGUUUCAGCCAGACAUCCAACUUUACUCAGCAUCAGAGAAUUCACACUGGGGAGAAACUCUAUGAAUGUAAUGAAUGUGGGAAAGCAUUCUUUCUGAGUUCAUACCUUAUUCGACACCAGAAAAUUCACACUGGAGAGAGAGUAUAUGAAUGUAAAGAAUGUGGGAAAGCCUUUCUCCAGAAAGCCCACCUUACUGAACAUCAGAAAAUCCACACUGGGGAGAGACCUUUUGAAUGUAAAGACUGUGGGAAAGCUUUCAUUCAAAGCUCAAAGCUUCUUCUACAUCAGAUUAUUCAUACUGGAGAAAAACCCUAUGUAUGUAGUCAUUGUGGAAAAGGCUUUAUUCAGAGGUCAAACUUCAUUCAACAUCAGAAAAUUCAUACUGAAGAGAAACUCUAUGAGUGUAGUCAGUAUGAAAAAGAUUUUAAUCCAACCCCAAACUUUAAAAAUAAUCAAGGUGUUCACCAGGUGGGACUUGACUUGAAUAAGGCCCCCAUACAUUUGGGUGAGGAGUCUAUAUGUCAGGGGGAACAUACAGAUAACUUAUAAUUAUUCUCCAACUCAAUGAGUGAUCCUUGGAAAUGAGUGUUCUGAAUCAUAAUUCAUAUGGCUGUUUAAGAUUUGGAUGCAUCAUAAUUUCCCAUAGUCACAGAUGGUACUGCUUUUGGAGCGAGCACCACCUGUACCACUUUGCAUCAGUACUGGGCUUCAUUACUCUUCCUCAGACAUGAAUGCUUGUCCUCAAGAAAGCCACAUGAUUUUCCAACUGACUUUGAGCUGGAAAAAUGGGGGAGAUGGGACAGGUCAAGAGAUUUCUGUAUUUCAUAAUUGCAAUCAUCCUUGAGUUAUGUCCCUUUUAGAGUGGAACUAUGUAUCUAAUUAAGAGAGUAUUGCCUAGCAAAUUCUGGUUUAUCAAAAAGGCAGUUUGGAGAAUGAUACUUUCUUAUUUAAAACCACUUGCUGGUCCCCUGUUGACCUUAGGAUGAAGUCCAAGCUCCCUAGCAUGCAUCCUGAGGCCUUCUGCUUCCUCGAUCUCAUCUCCCACUGCUUAACUCCCUGCCACAGAGUUGAUGCUCUGGCAACACUAAAUGUGUAAUGUUUCUCACAUCCACCAACCUCUCUCCUACCUCCCGGCCUUUGUCCUUGUUGAAGGGCCUUCUCACCUCAUUAACGUGUACUCAUUAUUCAAGACUCAUCUCAGGCAUCAUGUCAAGGAAAUUUUCCCUGAAACUUAGCUAGGGUCCCUUCUUCAAUGUUUCCGUGCUCAAUGCCUGCCUCUGUUACUGCACUUACUGUGAUAUGUCAGAAUUAUGUUUUUAUACACAAUCUCAUUAGGCUAUGUGUUCCUUGAGGACAGUGAUCAUGCCUGAUUCAUUUAUGUGACCCCAGUGCCUAGCACAAAGGCAAUAAAAAACACACCCCAAAAUCUAUGUGUUAUUGACUCUCUUCAUCAUUUCUAUAGUUUUUAAAAUUUCUGGGUGUGUUUUGUAUCGGUACAAUCUCCUGUUCUGUUAGAAAUAUCUUUUUUCUUAGCCCUGUGAUAUCUUCUGUUCCUACAUAGCUCAGAAACUACAGGCAGUAGCCAGUAUGAGAUUAGUGUUCCUCAUAUUUAUUGCCUUUAGACCACACCCAUAACUUCACUUGUGUUAGAGAACAUCGUCUUGACUUAGUUGUCAUUGAAGCUUUGUAACCCACUCAAGGUGCACAUAAUUUCUAUGAACUGUAUAUCUUUUUUCUGUCCUAGCGGGAAAAAAAUGAUCGAACACAACUCAUUCUGUCACUUUCCCUACUCUCUGGGUUGCUUUAUCACUCAUUUGAAAAUGAGUUGAUAUCUGCAAGGACCCAUGCUAGAUAUUGGGAAAGGAGAGACGGGUAAGACACCAACCAUCCUCAAGUCAUUCAGAGUUUAGUGGGGAAGACAGAAAGAUCACAGUACGAGUUAGGAGUUGAAAUAGAAGUGGUUUUGAGUUCUGUAGGAGCAUAGAUAAGGAAGUUGCUAAUUUGGCAUGGAGGAUCUGGGAAGGCAUCACAGAAGAGGUGACAUUUGAACUGGUUUAGAGAUAUGAGUAGCAUUAGCUAGAGAAGAAUGAUCUGGAAGGGGGACCUGUGUGCAGAGACAGGAAGCAUGAAGGUCCCUCUUUUGGCAGGACUAUUCGAAAACAACUUGUGUGAUACAGCGGAUAACUGCCAAGCAAAACUAUUAGUCUUUGCCUCUGGAUUUCUUUCCCUGGAAUAUUAACCAGAACAAUCAGUUCUGAAAGAUAAAAAAUAAUUUCUUCCCAUAAGGGAUAUUUUGAGUUCUUAAAUUCCAGCAACCCUAGAAGCUUUGAGGGGUUCUUGCCUUCUGGAAAACUCAUCAUUACCAUAAAUGUUUUAAAUGACAUAGAAGCAGGUGUUACCAGACCAUUUUUAUACGGUAAAACACCCAUCUUAAGUAUGAAGUUUUGAGUUUUGAUAAAUGCAUACAUCCAUGUAACUGCCACCAAAAUUACGAUAGACAACAUGUUCAUCACCCUGAAAAGUUCCCUGUGCUGUUUCUCAGUCAAUCCCACCCCAACCCCAGGUAACCACUAAUCUGAUGUCAUGGUAGGCUAGGUUUGCUUGUUCUAGAAUUUCAUGUAAAUGAAAUCAUACAAUAUGUAUUCUGUGUCAGAUUUCUUUGACUCAGCAUGUUUUUGAAAUUCAUCCAAGUUGUUACAUGUUUGAGUAGUUCUUUGCUGAGUAGUAUUGCAUUGUAUGAAUAAACCAUCAUUUGUUUAUUCAUUUACCUUUUGAUGAACAUUCGGGUUUCUGUCUUCCCCACUAGACUAUUGUGAAUAAAACUGAGCAUUUCUCUAAAGGCGUGUGGACAUACGUUUUUAUUUCUCUUGGGUAGACAUAAAUAAAUGAAGAAGUAUACCAUGUUCAAGAAUUGGAAGACUUAGAAUUUUUAAAAUGUCAAUUCUCCCCAAAUCAAU